ACCCAACCGCCUUCGCAAAAAAAAUCCCAUCUUCCACAAAGUUCCACAACAAAAAAAAAUUGCAUAUUUUGUGUAAAAAAAUCUUCUGAGAAAAAGACACAAAAAACAGCCGAAACUUCUGGUCGAAUCAGCUUCCUCUCAAAAGAAUCAUUUUAACUAAAUUAAAACAAAGAUCUCGAAAUCUCUGGAAAAUAAAACAAAAAUUAGAGAAAACCCUGGAUUCAGAAUCGAAUCGUUCACAAUUGAGUGCUCAUUCGUUUGAAACCACGACGAAUCACAAUCAGGCGCCGUAUUUGAGCCAACAACGAAAUCGAGCACUUAGCCACGAUCAGAAUUGUUGUGAAGAAGCAAUGGAAAUAGAUUCCGCCCCAGUGCCACCGCCACAAGAAUAUUCUGAUAGUCCAUCAUUCCAACAACAACAUUCUGAGUCAUCAAUGAAUUUUGAUUAUUUGUCUAGUUUGCAUUCUUCAACUGGCAGUGGAGGAUAUAAUUCUGGCGGCGGUGGUAGUGGCAUGGAUUCCACCAGCGGAGGACCAGUAUAUUCGUCAUGCUUUAGGAAGGGAACAGACAGUUUGGCUUAUGUGGAUGACCGAGCUGCGGACAGACCUUUUAAUAAUUUAAAUGAAAGAUUUGUUGGAGUAUUGGAUCAAUUGGAUGCUAGAGUGGAGAAAUUUCGUAAAGAUGCAAUGGGUUUGCAGGAGAAGAGAGACUUUUUAUUAAUGUCAAUUGAUUUGAUUAAAACUAAUGAUUUGUUGCAGGGAAUGAAUGAAGCCGAACGAGAAGAAAUCACAUGCUACAUUCAGCGCGUCAAUUCUCGACUAUCAACAGUGGAACUCAACGUUCGCACAGUUCGUGAUACAUCACAAGAAGAUUCUCUUAGCCAAAUCAACAUGCUCAUAGAUAUGAUGAUAACAAUGGGUGAUCCGGUUCUAUCGCGACAACGAUGUCAGCAUUACCUGAACGCAUGCGGUUCAUUCGACGGUAGCAUCAAUAUGGGUUCAUUUUCGGAACACGGCCUGGGCCAGGAUGUUGUAGUUGACAAGAAAUUCGAAAGUGCACUCCUCGGUUGCACACUCGACGACCAAAAGAAUGUCAAAAAGAGACUGCUAGCCCUAAUGGGAUACCUCAAUAAGCAAACAAUUCGCGAUUGAAAUGCUGCUUGUUUCUCCCCCAUCUACAUUGCCUAAAACACACAAACAAAAACAAAAUCACAUUUUUUUAAAUUAUUAUUAUUAAACAAAACAAAAAAACAUAAAACAAUCGAAAUUAAUUGUUACUAUUCAAACAAAAUUCAUUCUUUACUGAGCUGAACCGAAA